CUGAAGAAGUCACCCAGCGAUGGACAACAAGGACAGCCGAAGCGUCGUGGUCCGAAGCCAGACAGCAAACCAGCCCAGACGAGAAGACAGGAAUUGAACAGACAAGCACAAAGGACACACCGCGAGCGCAAGGAACAGUAUAUCCGGGCCCUAGAGGUGGAAAUAACCCGCCUGAGAGAGGGGUAUGCCACUGAUAUCGAAGGCGCAAACGUGUCCAUCAUGCAGCAGAAACAAGCUCUAGAGGAGUUGAGAGACGAGAAUCGAAUGCUAAAGGAGAUCCUCGCAUCUCACGGAAUCAACUUUGAGGCUGAAUUGGAGAAGCGCGGCGCUCCCGUCCAGAGUACCCCGCAGGAGAGUAGCUACGGAGGGAGCGUCGCACCUUCACUCCCUCAAAUCGCCCCUGAUUUAGGUAGCAUGAACUACCUGGGUACUCCAGAGACCUCUAUCUCCGGUCGAAGCCCUGGAACCACCACGUCGGAAAUGGCACAGCUGCCGGCUACUGGGUCCAAUAACCCGUACUUUGAAUCGGCAAUUCCUGUGGCCGCUACGGGUAAUGCUCUAUCAUCUAGUGACACUGGUGGCGGAUCUGCCUUGGUCAGUAGCACCCCUGGCGUGUUUGAUGUUGAUCCGCAGCUUGGGAUAGAUUUUGUCCUUCAUCUUGAAAAGCCAUGCAACUGGCACUUGGAAUUCAUUUGCCGCAGGGCACACGAUGACGAGAACCAAGAAGCAGUCUCCGGGCACUCGCUGAUGGCAUCAUGCCCAACAUCGUCGGUCAUAGCCAACACCGAACGAGGCCAGACCUAUGAAACCAAAACCUACGACCUCCCGCCUGCAAACCUGAAUACAUUGCUCAACCUCAGCAAGCAGUUGGUAACGGACGAUGAGAUCACUCCAAUCAUGGCGCUACAGCUUCUUCGCAACCAUGACGCAUACCCUUAUCUGACCCGUGAGGACAUUGCACAUAUAAUGAGUGAUCUAGCGGCGAAAGUCCGCUGCUACGGGUUUGGCGCUGUCCUUGAAAACUUCGAGGUAAUGGACUCGCUAAACAGUGUUUUGACAAGCAAGAUGGACUAUGCGAUUGCCAGCUGUGAGGGCAGCUCGUCGUUAAUUUCUCCGCCGAUCCAAAGUGCGGACGUGUUGGACAUGUAUUCAUGA